AUGGAUUUCCAAGGCCAUCAUCUUCUUGUGGCUUUAACCUUUUCCUUGCUCUUCUUGUUUCUCCAUUCUCCAUUACCAACAAAUGCAUCAACUAAUAAAUUAGUUGAAGGUGUUUGCAACAAAACUAUAAACAAUGGCGACUGCAUAAAUGCUUUGGAAUCUGAUCCUCGAACUGCAACGACAUCCGAAUUGAAAGAUCUCGCAAAGAUUGCUCUUCAAAUGGCUGUAGCCAAUUCAACCAAAAGCAAAGCUUACAUUUAUGAUUUGCUCAACAAAAACCACACUGAACCCAUUAAACAAUGCUCUUUUUGGUACGGCGCAGUGGUUGGAUCAUUCCGAAGUGCACUUGGAGAAUUAGACGAGGAUACUUUGACUGCCAACUAUGACGCUAAAGUCGCUGCCGACGGUGCCAAUAUUUGUGAGAAUGCGUUGGCCUCUGCUGGGGUUCAAGUUCCAUCCAUUUCCACUAGAAACAACUACGUGAGGUUGUACAGUAGCAUUGGGUUUGAGGUUACAAAUGAUCUUUAG